AGAUAAUUUACAAGUUUGGAGUGCGUGUCCAAUGUUCAAAGCAUACGUAAUUUACAAGUGAAAAUCAUUGUGCAUAGGUGGGUGAUACAGUACAGUCGAAAAUCGAACCACAAUGACGCAGUAUUUACCACCGAACUUGCUUGCGCUGUUCGCACCCCGCGACCCAAUUCCGUACCUACCGCCUCCUGACAAGCUGCCUCAUGAAAAGAAAUCACAGGGCUACCUGGGGGUGGGAAGCUUUCUGGAUUGUUUUGAGGAUCCAAAGGAUACACCACCACCGACACGGGUAGAAACGCGCGAGGAGCGAUUAGAAAGGCGUCGAAGGGAACGUGCCGAACAGGUAGCCUACAAGCUCGAAAGAGAGAUAGCCACUUGGGAUCCGAAUCAGCUACUGGAAGCGACAGAGGAUCCGUUCAAAACACUGUUCGUUGCGCGGAUUAACUAUGACACCUCGGAAUCAAAACUGCGACGAGAGUUUGAAAUAUACGGUAAUAUAAAGAAGAUUAUUAUGAACAACGACAAGGAAACGGGCAAACCGCGUGGAUACGCAUUUAUUGAGUAUGAACAUGAACGAGACAUGCAUGCGGCCUACAAGCAUGCGGACGGUAAGAAAAUAGACGGUAAGCGCGUCCUGGUGGACGUGGAACGGGCCCGAACAGUGAAGGGAUGGCUCCCGAGACGGUUAGGUGGUGGAUUGGGUGGUACGCGACGUGGCGGACCGGACGUUAACAUCAAGCACUCUGGCCGGGAGGACAACGAACGGGAGAGGGAGCGCUAUCGGCUCGAACGCGAACGAGAGGAUCGCGAUCGUCGGGAACGAGAUCGACCCGAUAAUCGAUUCGAUCGCCGGAGGUCUCGUUCUCGUGAUCGUGACCGUCGUCACCGUAGCCGGUCAAAGGAUCGCAGCAGGCGGAGGCGCAGUCGUGAGCGUGAGAUGGAUGAACGCGGUGAACGUUGGGAUAAUAAGGAUCGGGAACGCGAGCGUGAUCGCAGCAGGGAUCGGGAUAAGGACCGUAAGCGCAAACGUAGCCGCUCGCGGGAUCGCGAUCGGGCGGAGAAAAGUCGUCAUAAGCGUAGUGAUCGCGAUCGGGGCGAGCGGGAACGAAUGGAUCGUGGUGGUGGCUCCGGUAACGGUGGCGCUGAACGUAAGGAACGAAAACCAGACUUCCGCGAGGGUGAAAUCAAGAUCAAGGAGGAGCCAAUCGACGAUUAUCCCGACUACAGUGCCCAGUACUCUCAGUACCAGUCGCAGGUUAAGUAUGAAGAUGGGGAGGAAGAGAAAUAUCGUCCCCACGAGCACGAACCUCCACAUCUUCGAUCGGACAAUGGACGCGGUUACGUUACCAAUAAUGGUGACGAUGACGACGCGGAUUACGAUGAUGAUGGACAGGGUUACUAGAUGAAGGCAGAGAAGACUGACUAGCGGUUUUCCCCUGCCGAUGAAAAUAGAGCAAACGGCAGACAAACAUAGCAAUGGUAAUAACCUGCCUACCAAAAAAACGCCCUUCGAAGUCAUCUUUCCUUUGCAAGAUGAUUUUAUGUGCAGUUUUUUGUUAUGUAAAACAUUCUUAGCUCUUACAUGUUCUCCUCUAUUGACUCUAUAUUCGGUCGUCAAGUGCUACACAUUGUGCCCUAUUCGGUUGUUGCAUUAAUUUUGAUUUGGUACUAUAAACGUAUUCUGCGGAAACCCAAUUAAUAAUAUAUUGUGCUAAAUAUAUUGCGUCGCUUCUUUUCCAUUUCUAUUUUGAUUGAAAAUAAAAAAAAGUUGAUAAUAACAACGCUCGAUUGUAAUCAAUGAAAUCAUAAAGCAAUUGAUCAAUUUUCCAGAUCUAUUUCAUUCUUCGAGCGUAUGCAUUAAAAACAAACAGAUGUUAACUAUUUUUCAUACUAGUUCCUUAGCAGCUAGUGGUGAAUCCUGCCUGAUUUCGUCUUUUGGGUUAGGAAUUGGAAAGGAACUUGUGACAGUCACUAUGAAAACAACAAUUCUAUUAAUUUUAAAGGUUUGUGUGAAUGACAGUUGUCUACAUGGUGAGGCACUGUGUAUCCGCCGGAUACAGUAACAUCUGGCAACUGUAGCAAUUUCAUCUUUAAUCUUUUCUCUACACAAAACUCGGCACUCGGCAGCAGACGGCACUAUAAAGUGUAGCAGAAUCUAAAGAUGAAGGUCAAGUGAUGAUCUCUUCGUUGUCGUAUAAGUAGGUUGUCAAUUUGAAUUGAAUGCAAUUGUUUUUCGUUAGAACGGCCUGGCCGUAUCGACUUAUUGUACCACCGUAGCCGGAUAUAGUCAGUCAUUUGCUACGGAGGAUUGGUCCGGAUGGGAUUUUGGUCCGGUCCGUUCGUGUGAAGACCGGUUCCGCUACCAUCAUGCCAACGAGCCACCCUGAAUUGAAUGCAAUUAUCGAUAUUAAUUUUUUGCCGCAAGCCGAUUGUUGCCCGAUUUAAUAUUUUCCAUAUAAUCAGCAAUAGGAACGUGAAAGUAAAAUACGGUCCGUCUUCUAUCUGGUGCUGUUAACCGAUAAACUCGCAAACCCUUACCUUGGGGAGCUCUUUCCGAAUGGAUCUAAAUUUAUCUAAUGGAGCAAAAGAAUAAAUUAUUUAAAAAUUAUUAAAUGCACCGAUCAAAAUUAAUGCAAGGACCAAAUAUGCAUUCUUUCAACGCGCGAUACACAUGGAUAUGUGACCGUUUGUGGUCAAACAAUCGGUUAGUAAUAGCGCUUGUUUUAUUGAAAUCGUUCUCUCGUGCGCUAUGCAAUCGCAUACUUGUAAUGAAAACAAUAUCGCCGAUUAUGCGGUCAUCGUUUGCAACAGAUAAUUUCCCUAACUAAAUUUUUAACGUGUAAGUGGGCUUCGUACGAAUGUGAAAAAGCAUUUAAAAUGGUAAGGUAACAUGAGCAUGUAACUUUUGGGUCAUACAAAAUUAACGGCACACACACUUAUUCUCUACAAUAUCUACCCAAUGGUUCAACGAAUGCUGUCCGUUAUGCAUCCACGGAAUGGAACGUCACGCCCAAGUUUUCUGUAGCACUGUGUUUUCAUAGGUAAAUAAAGCUAGCAGUUAAAA